CCCGCCCUUUCCGUCGGGCGCGUUGACGUCACUUCCGCCGCGCCGGCCGGAGGAAAGAUGUCGGGCCCGCGGCUGGAGCUGGGCCCCGCCAAGGAGCCGCUGGGGCUGGUGCGGGGCCUGCAGUGGUUUUUCUCCAUUUUCGCCUUCGCCACCUGCGGGGGUUACGGGGGUUCCGUCUCCUUCCGGAUCAGCUGCAACGGCCAAUCAAACACCACCGUCACCGCCUCCUUCGCCUACCCCUUCCGGUUGAACCACGCCAUCUUCACGCCCUCUUUGACCCAGUUCUGCAACAAGACGUGGCCGGCGGACGUCCACCUGGUCGGCGACUUCUCCUCCUCGGCCCAGUUCUUCGUCACGGUGGCCGUCUUCGCCUUCCUCUACAGCAUGGCCGCCCUCGGCGUCUACCUGGGCUACCUCCACCUCUACCGCGGGGCGGGCGGGAAGCUGCCCUUGGUGGACUUCUUGGCCACCGUGGCCUUCUCCUUCCUGUGGCUGGUGAGCUCCUCGGCGUGGGCCAAGGCCCUGACGGACGUCAAGACCUCGACGGCCGCCCCCCUGCCCAACUGCCACCUCCCCGCUGUCACCUGUUUCCCCGGGGGGGUCACCCCCAUGGGGUCCCUCAACGUCUCCGUGAUCUUCGGUUUCCUCAACUUGAUCCUUUGGCUCGGCGCCUCUUGGUUCGUCUACAAGGAGACCCACUUCCACCGCCCCCCACCUCCGCCGCCCCCCACCGCCGGCCCCACGGCCGCCAUGUAAACCCCCCCCCCCCCCCCACAACUCCGCCCCCCCCCAAGCUGCGGCGUGACGUGUCCCCGACCCCCCACCUCGUGGUCACUGGUGCCCUUUGGAGUCCCUUCUCCGGGGAGAUGCCACCGCGUCCCUUUUUUUUGGUGGUUUUCGGGGGGGGGGUUUCUUCGGUUUUUGGGGGUUUGGUUUUUUUGGGGGUUUUUUUUUUUUUUUGCGACGUCGCGAAAUUGUUGAGUGGUUUCCGGGCGUGGUUUUUUUUUUUUUUUUUGGGGGGUCUUUUUUGGGUUUUUUUUUCUUUUAAGCUGAUUUUAUUGCCCGGCGGGAGGCGCUGGGGGAGACCGCGGGAGGACGAAGAAGGUCAAAGCCUUCCUCGGGGUGGGGUGGGGUGGGGUGGGGGUGGGGGUGGGUGCGGUCCGGUGGUGGCCACCGCUUGGGUUGGGUGCUGGGUGGUGGCGGCCCUGGCCACGGGCCCAGCUGGGUGACGUUGGUUUGGCUUCAUCCCGUUGACCCCGGGCAGGGAUCAAGCCGUGGGUCAGAGCGGGUUGAGGUGGGGCCGGAGGUGGUGAGGUCACGGUGACCUCGACCGCUCUCAACCGGGUUCUUCGUCGCCCUCUUUUUGCCCCGUGGGGAUUGGGCGAGUUGGUCGACAUCAGGGUUGACCCUUGGUUGGGUGGGUCUUGGUCUCAUUGUCUUCUCGGAGUCUUCGCUUGACCAUUGGUGGUUGGUUGAAGGUCCAGACCUGGGGUCGGUCAUCACCAGCGAGGCUGGACCAGGCCGGGAUUGGCCCGUUCUGGUUGUCCUGGGUAGGGAUUGGUCGAGUUGGUUGACCAUUGGUUGGGCUGACCUUCUUAAAGACCUCGGUUGACCAUUGGUGGUUGGUUGGAGGUCCAGACCUGAGGUCGGUCAUCACCAGCGAGGUUGGACCAGGCCAGGAUUGGCCCGUUGUGGUUGUCCUGGGUAGGGAUUGGUCAGGUUGGUCAAGACCAGGGUUGACCAUGGUUGGGUUGACCUUCUCGAAGACCUCGGUUGACCAUUGGUGGUUGGUUGAAGGUCCAGAUCUGGGGUCGGUCAUCGGCAGCGAGGUUGGACCAGGCCGGGAUUGGCCCGUUGUGGUUGUCCUGGGUAGGGAUUGGUCAGGUUGGUCAAGACCAGGGUUGACCAUGGUUGGGUUGACCUUCUCGAAGACCUCGGUUGACCAUUGGUGGUUGGUUGAAGGUCCAGACCUGGGGUCGGUCAUCACCAGCGAGGUUGGACCAGGCCGGGAUUGGCCCAUUGUGGUUGUCCUGGGUAGGGAUUGGUCGAGUUGGUUGACCAUUGGUUGGGUUGACCUUCUUAAAGACCUCGGUUGACUCCUAGUGGUUGGUUGAAGGUCCAGACCUGGGGUUGGUCAUCACCAGCGAGGUUGGACCAGGCCGGGAUUGGCCCGUUCUGGUUGUCCUGGGUAGGGAUUGGUCGAGCUGGUUGACCAUUGGUUGGGUUGACCUUCUCGAAGACCUCGGUUGACCAUUGGUGGUUGGUUGGAGGUCCAGACCUGGGGUUGGUCAUCACCAUCGAGGCUGGACCAGGCCGGGAUUGGCCCGUUGUGGUUGUCCUGGGUAGGGAUUGGUCAGGUUGGUCAAGACCAGGGUUGACCAUGGUUGGGUUGACCUUCUCGAAGACCUCGGUUGACCAUUGGUGGUUGGUUGGAGGUCCAGACCUGGGGUUGGUCAUCACCAUCGAGGCUGGACCAGGCCGGGAUUGGCCCGUUGUGGUUGUCCUGGGUAGGGAUUGGUCAGGUUGGUCAAGACCAGGGUUGACCAUGGUUGGGUUGACCUUCUCGAAGACCUCGGUUGACCAUUGGUGGUUGGUUGGAGGUCCAGACCUGAGGUUGGUCAUCACCAGCGAGGUUGGACCAGGCCGGGAUUGGCCCGUUGUGGUUGUCCUGGGUAGGGAUUGGUCAGGUUGGUCAAGACCAGGGUUGACCAUGGUUGGGUUGACCUUCUCAAAGACCUCGGUUGACCCCUAGUGGUUGGUUGAAGGUCCAGACGUGGGGUUGGUCAUCACCAGCAAGGUUGGACCAGGCCGGGAUUGGCCCGUUGUGGUUGUCCUGGGUAGGGAUUGGUCAGGUUGGUCAAGACCAGGGUUGACCAUGGUUGGGUUGACCUUCUCAAAGACCUCGGUUGACCCUUAGGUUCCCGCCUUCCCACUUGGGACUGGUCAUGGCCCCACCACGGGGACCGUUGGUUGAUUGGCCGAGUCGAGGUUACCGGCCUUUCUCCUAUUGGUCCGUUCUCGAGCCAUCGGGGCUGGUGGAGACCUGCCCGUCUUGGCUCGGCCUCUUCCACUUGACUCCUCCUCAACGCGCGACGACCCCAGCGGGCCCGGCCUUGCUCCCCGCCGGGUUGUCCCCGCUCCCCUCCCCCUCCAUCCUCUCAGGGGUUCACCCCGGGGGGGGGGGUGGGACCCCCCCACCCCGUCACCCGUCCCCCGCCCCCCACCGGGCCCCGUCUCACCCCCCUCUCCCCUCCCCCGUCUCUUCUGCAAGUGCCUCAAUAAAGAAAUGGUGGUAGAACCCCGAAAA